AUUUUGGCUCCCUUUCAAGGCAAGCUCCGCUCAUCUCGUCUGGCUCACAACCGAAGCAGCUCACAAUCUUUAGAAAAGCUUCCAAACAAAAGACAACUCCUCUACCACAAUCGAAUACUCGAGUACUUUUCAUCACAAUGGAUUCCAGCACCGAAACCAUGGACUCUAGCAGCCACAAGAACCACCGAUUCCAAGACAAGAUCAAGAGCGCUCGCAGCAGAGCAGACACCUUCCGACGUUGCAAGACCACCGGAGAGAUUGUGCGGAAGCAACGAUCCCCCAAGCCCGAGGAAGGCCGACGCCGCCGACAGAGCGACUUUGUCAGUGGAAGUGCCCUACCUCGCAUGGAUCCUCACAAGAUUAUUGAAAUGCUCGAGACCUAUGCGAGCACAGAUCAUGAGGAAUGUCGUCAGUGCUUGCAAUCCCUCAAGAACAACAGCAGUAAUCCAGACUCCACUAGCAGCGGCCGACGACGUGCUGGCAGCUCGUCGUCGCAUGACCGGAACAAUGCCAGCGUUCGAGGAGCUUGAAGUCUAUACAACGUAUAACCCCAAAUAACUAUUUCAUUGCUAAUUAUUCCACC